ACUUUCAAUCUUUUGCGAGGAUGGAGUGGGGCGACGACGACGACCGAUGGGGCCAUCGACGCCCGAGCCCGUCGACGCCAACGACAUCGCCGCCACGCUCGCGCACCUCGACCGACGAGAUGGACUUUGACCGGUUCUACUGCGACGGCUCGUUCCUAAAGCUUCUCCACGAGACGCUGCAAACGCAUGUAGGCAAGCUCAAGAAAGGGGCGGUCAAGCUUGCGCUCAACCCACAUGGCAUUGCGUACCUCUUUGAGCGGCUACAAACGACGCUCUGUCCCAAGCACGCCCAGGAUGGCAGUGGUCGUAUCGAUGGCUGGACGAUUCGCCGGACGACGUGCAAUGACACCAUAGCGCUCUUCGAGUGCCCGGUCUUGUCGCCAAUGGCAGGCGACGGCGCCUCCGACCUCGACCAAGCGCCGAUCGGCCACUUGGACGUGCUCAAGCUCUCGACGCUACUGCACGAAGCCAAGGUCUUGAAAGUGAGCCACGACGCCGCGAGCCAGCGCCGCCCGUGCCCCGACCUGCACCUCGAGAUUUUCUCGGCCAUGACAAGCGUCGAGCUCCGAGAGGCGCCGGCCGAGACGCUUCAGUCGCUCGCAUGUUUUCCUCGCCAGCUCGAGGUGCUGGAGUACCACGGCGGCCAGCUCCCGGGCCUCAUGGAGCUGCUCUUGCACAAGUCGUGGCCGUGCUUGCAGUCCCUCAAAGUCUGCGAUGCUCACUUGCACGCGUGGCACGCAGACCUCGACACAUUCUUGCCCGCCCUCGCGCACAUUGACUGCAGCGGAAACGCGCUGCAUACGAUCGAGGACCUCAUGGCCUCGACGUCGCUGCUCUCUGCGCGUUUCUCGCACAACGCGCUCCGAAGUUUUUCGCUGCGCAGCCGGUACACGGCGCUCACAGCGCUGUACCUCGACCACAACCACCUCGCGUCGCUCGAGGCGCUUCCAAUUGACCAGUUGCCCGCGUUGCAGAUCCUCGACCUGUCGUUUAACGCGUUGGCGAACGUUGACGCGGUCGCGUGUCUCGCGCGCCUGCGCCUCGACGAGCUCUGCCUGCGCGGGAACCCGCUCGCGGCGUACCCUGAUUACCGCCGACAGGUGCUCUUUCAUGUCGGGCCGCGUGUCGAGUUGGACGGGGCGCCGUGGACAACAACUGAGGUGGAGAGCAUGCGCUACUCGCGCCAACACGCACCCGUGACGCGCACCGAUGCGCUCGGGUACCCGCUGCUGCCUGCGAGGAAUGGGCCGCGCCUGCGCCCGCGGGUUGCCGCGAUCGAAGACACGUUUGUAUUGGCGCCAUUUCUGCCGAAACCGGUGGCCAAAGUGGCCGCGCGGCCCCGCGUCGAGAGUGGCUGGAGCGACAACAGCGUCCUCUCGAGCGUCGACGACUUUGUCUUGGUGACGCCAACGCACCGCGCCCGUGCGGGAAGCUACUACGUCGAUGAGUUCUUGCGGGACUUGGCGGCCGAGGAAGACGGCGAUGACGACGACGACGACGACGACGACGACGAUGAAACUGCGAGCGACGACGAAAUGGAGAUGCUGCGACCGGUCCACCAAUCGUCCUUCUACAUCGUUGUCUCCAAAGCGGGUAUCGACGUCCGGCUCUACCUCUCGCUCGACGAAGCCGAGUCGUUGGACGUGCCAGCGAGUCAGGAAGGCCUGCCGGCUACGAUCCACCUGCACACAUCCAAAGUGCUCGAAGAGAUCGACUCGGGACAUGUGCUUGCGCGACCGCUGGCGAGUCUGCGGUGCGUCGCCGUCACCGGCGCGUCUGCACCGCUUGUGAAGCUUGGGUUCCGGGGCCUGCCGUCGGUCGCGUACGAGGUGAGCGCCGGUGACGUCGCAUCGAUCGUCGGACCGCUGCAGCAACUGCUCUGUCGCAAGGCGGUCUUAGGCACCGUCUGCCACAGCUGCAAAGCAUUUGCUGUCUUGCGAGAGCACAGGAAGCGCGUUGCGAGCGUCCUCCACGUGCGCAAGUGCUGGGUCUGCCGCAGCCCCAACGUCCGCGAGUGCUCGCGGGACCAACUGUCUGCGCGUCUCGCGGCCUAUGGCGGCCGGCUCGAGAAGGCGCCGCCGCAAGAGAUCCAUGCCGGCUUUGUCUUGACACCCGAGUACGACGACGCGCGUGUGCUGCCCGACCAAGACGACGACGAGAUCGUCCUCGUCGCCACCGAUGCGUGGAUCAAGGACGUCAAGCUCACAUGGCGCGACGACGAAGACGACGACCCGAUGCUUGAGGCGUGGCGGCGGCUGUGCCACCACACACCGCGAUUGCUGCCUGUGGACGACGACGCCCACCCUCUAGGUUAG